AUGGGCCAGGCACAGCAAAAAUCCCAGUUCGAGUUCGAAGAGAAGAGUUCCCAACGAGAGCAAGAGGCGAAACCUCGUGACGGCGUGAUGAUCAGCAGCGAGACCUUGUCCCCCCGGGACGACGAGCCGGCAUCGCCGCCGCACAGCGCACAGAGGCCAGAGCCCGGCGACACGCUCACGACGAUCGACGAGGUUCCCGCAUCCGACAUGCGCGCGGCGUCUGACGACGAGCCGGAGGACCAACAUACGGAGCAGUCCUCCGAGUACGUCCCGACGCCCCUCGCAGAGACACCGCAAGACACAGUAGAAGACGCCGGCGAAGACGACGAGGCCGACACGAGCGCCGAUAUCGUCAGCAGGGUCGCUAUGCUGUCGUUCCCCCGCAGCGAAGUGUCCGACAGCAUCGCCCCCGCGCUAGGAGGCUACGCCGUCUCCGUCCCCGGCCCCCAGCAGCCCGAGGCGCCGGAAAGCGCCGAGGAAACAUCCCUCCAGGAGCCACCCCAGCAAGAAGAGCCCACCCAGCAGCCCAAGCCCGUCGAACCGUGGCGCAGGCCUUCCUUCCAAAGCCGCCAACGCGAGACGCCCAAGAAGCCCAAGAAGCCACGCGUCAAGCCGUUCAAGGAGCCCCUGGUGCAAAAGCUCAGCUACGAAGAGGCUGCACUGCUCAGGUGGCAGAUAGGCUUUCCCGCCGGCUUUGCAACGAUGACGCAGGCACACGCCGAGUCCGUCCUCGACCCCAGAGUCUGGCGCCUCGACCUGCUCGAAAUCCCUUCGCUCCUUACGUUCAACUACAAUGCCGAGUACGCGUGGAGUGAGGAGCCCAUAGACGACUACAACCUAGACAAGGAUACCCUGAGCAGAGAGCGGCUGUGGAGAGACAGCGCCGCCAUCGUCGAGGCAUUUGAAAGCAAGGGGGUGGUCCCCAACCCGCCCGUCCCCGGUCUUGUGUUCAACCAGCCAUGGGACGAGCGGUCCUACAAGUACGCAGUGCUGCAGCACAUCCGCACGACAUUCCCGGUCAAACCCCCACCCCCCCUAGUCAGCCGCGUGGUACCUGAGCAACCGCAACUGCCCGCCGAACGCUCGGAAGAGCAGGAUUGGGAGAUUCACAGCUCGGACCCAGAAGACGAGGACGCCGACGUCGAAGACGCCGAGGUCGAAGACGCCGAGGACGACGACGCCGAGAACGUAGAGGACGACGCCACCGAGCCGGACGCCGCCAUGGUCGACGCCGACACAGACAACAGCCCGUCGAGGGUCUUCUCCCCAAGCCCCGCCCCCCAGGACAACGACGGGGCAAGCGGCGACGAGGACGAGCUUAGCGACCCGGCGCACCCCAUCCUGUACACCGACGAGCCGACGGUCGACGCCCAAGCAGAAGACGUCACCAUGGAAAGCCUGGCGGACCCGCAGGAUAUGCAAGCCAGGAUCAAGGAGGUCCUGCGCAUCAAGAGGAAAGCUCUCGAAGCCAAAACAGCGGCCAAAGCAGCGGCCAAAGCAGCGGCCAAAGCAGCGGCCAAAGCCCCCACCGUCACGCAAGCAGACGUCGACACAGCGCGCCGGGAGGCCGACGCCAUGGUCCGCACCGCCAAGGUCAUGGUGGCGGAGAAACAGCGCCGACAGCAGAGGGCCGAGGAGGAGCAGAGGCAGAUGUUGUCGACCGGAGCGGCCCGAGGCAAGUUGACGUCGGCCACCGGCACCCAGCAGCAGCACGCCGCAGAUGCGGCCAAGCGCAAGGCACUCGAGCAGCAGCGGCUCGCCCAGGGUGGGCUGCCCGGCAAGCCCGGCCCCGGCACCCAGGAUGCUGGCGAGGGGCCGGCUACUUCGCCACAGCCGACCCCUCCCCAGACGCACAUGGGAGUCGGAGAGGAGGACGCGCGAGGCCUCGUGGCAGGCGUAGACUUCGACGCGGUCGUGGAGGACGAGAACCACCUCCUCGUCCACCCGCAGCACCGGCUGGCCACCUACACGGUAAAGGGCAGCAACAUCCCGCUACGACCCGUACCCAGGAGAUCGCUCAUACCCUCUUCAGAGUUCUACAAAGUCGUGAGCGGGCCUGGUGGUAGGAAGAAGACCAAGACGACGACCGGCGAGAACCUGACGCACGACAACUGGGAGAAGUUCCACGCCGUCAAGGUUGGCUUCAGCGGCAUCGACUACGAAAUGCAAAUAUAUCCUAUCUGGGGUCCCGAGACCGUCUACGAGGCCGAGAGGAUGAAGUCCCUCCAAGCCAUCAGGGCAAUCAAGUCGAGCAACGAGAGCGGCAAGAAGACGGUCCCGCUACAGUCGUACAUGACGCCUGCCGUCCACCCGAACGUGACCAUAGUGCUCAAGAACAAGACGGAGAACACCCCGUGCCUGCUCGCCGGAGCCCUCGGAUUCGCCAACACCAACCAGCUCUUCACGUUCCUGGACCGCGACCUAUCCGUGUUCAUGUAUCCGCUACGCGUAUACUUCUGCUCGGCCACAGCCACCACCCCGCCUGUCCUAAAAUGGGAGAGCAUGUGGAACACCGCGAAGAAGUGGGUCGACGAGGUGGGAGGAGGAUCCAAAGACGCAUACGGAGCCGGCAUGCUGAAAAUGCUGUCGGCGUCCUCCGCAUACAUCUGCCUUGAAAACUUCCCCGCGGAGAUUUUGUACCGCAUCAAAUACACCGCAGUCCAAAACCCUGUCAUCGACGUGGACCGCACGGUGUUUGUACUGUGCUACCGCCUGAUCACACAAUACCCCUCGCGCUUCCCAGACAGAGACCUGCCGAGCAAGCACUCCUUCCUCGACAUCCACCCCAACUCGUGGAGCGUCGCCUUCCUGGCCAUCCUGGCCUACAUCGCCCGUCGCAAGCAGGCCCAACCGAAGCACUCCGUCCACAACACCAAGGACGCCAACAAGGCCUUCGGCGACGCCUCGAGCAGCAGGGCCUUCACGCUAGGCUACUUCACCGAAGACAAGCUGGGGGACGUGUACAGCCUGGACCCGGCCGACAUGAUCGCCAAGCGCGUCGAGCACAACGCCAUGCUGGAGGAGCUGUUCCUGAAGGCCCACCCAGCCCUCGCGAACCCGGACGAAAACGACCUGCAAGCGCUCACGACGCAGCGCGACAUCAUGGGCUACUUCCGUAGUCUGCCGGCCAGCAGGGUGAGCCGUCUAUUCGUGGACGGCGAGCUGCGAGACCCCGACGGCGAGCUGAACACAAUGAUCAAUGAGGCCAUGGCGGAAAAGUUGAUGGCCGGGGAGACCUGGGACAACCCGGACAACCACGGCCGCGGAGCCGUCCACGUCCCCCCCCUGGAACCCGACGAGCGCCAGGUCCUCAGGGACGCGCUGAUCCCGAUGGCCAACGUGCAGAAGUACGAGGGCGCCACACCGAUGAACGACAGCAUCCUGGAAACGACCCGCUCCCAUCAGCUCAUGGCCAGCACUGCCCAGGCGCACGCCGAAGAGAUCAUCGCCGAGGCCCGCAAGGUCAUGGGAGAUAAGGCGCCGGCGGGAGAGAAGGACGGCGGACCGAUGAAAAUCCUCCGCGACAUCGAUCAGCAAAGAACCACCGUCACGACGGCGGAAGAGUACGCGGCCUCGUUCGAAAGAAUGGGCUGCGUGUCCGACUCCGCCGCCGGCCGGGACGACCUGAGCAACCCGAUCUUCACCCUGGCCAAGGACGGCUCGCCGAGACCGAAGCCGCACCAGAUACACGACGCGGCCUUCAUCCUGAGCCAAUUCAACAGCGCUAUGCGAGCUGCACUGCUUGCCAACGACUGCGGAGUUGGUAAAACUCUCACCAUGAUCAUCGCAUGGUUGCAAGCGGUAUAUGAAAGGAUUGAUCGCGAGAUCCAAAAGCCUCAGCGCGAGCGCAGAUACCGACCAACGAUGCUUUUCCUUCCAUCGAUGACGGCCAAACAGGCCGUCGACGACCUUCACAAGUGGUGCCCCCACAACGUGAAGGUAUACGCGGCCUACGGGAGCAAGAAGAAUAAGCGCGCGGUCGGCAAGGCCAAACAUCUUAUCAACGCCGACGAGUUAUGGGACCUACAGGCCCAUAUGAUGGAAAACCAGCACCUGGAAGAGUACCAACGCUCGAUCAUUGUUAUACCCUACACGACAGCGACCAAGCGGAUGGUGAAGAACUAUGUUGUCUCGCAGCUUAACAACGACGAAGAAGAACGCAUGCAGGCAGACAUUGGGAACGCUGGUCUUGAUAAGGAGAAGAGGAAUGCGAAAGACAAGCGUGCAGAGCGAGCCGCCGCCAAGCGCGCAGAAGCAGAGACGACGGUUCCGAAGUCCACCCCAGACGGCACGGACGCGAUGGACGUCGACACCCAGCCCCCCCCGCCCCCAGCAAACAAGAAUAAGGGCAAGAGGGAGGCCGAAGAAGACACUGGCAAGGACGCCUUCGCGACAGAAAUGUCAUAUGUCGAGCUUUGCUACGAAAACUUCGAGGUGUUCUGGCUCAUAUGCGACGAGGCUCAUUUCCUGAAGAACCCCAAGUCCCUCACCCACCUUAUGAUAUCGCGCCUUAAGUACGAGUUCAUCCUCUUCAUGACGGCGACGCCGAUGAUGAACGGACUCCGAGACAUCCUGGGCUAUCUGUGCCUGUCAUGGAGGAACGAGUGGCAAUUUAACUACAGCAGCAGUGCCGAGACCCCCGCCGCAGCGUUCUACGAACCGGACGUGUUCGACGCCAUCGUCUCCGGCACCCCCCCGCCAGAAGCGCCGUAUACCAUGCAGCGUCUGCUAGAGCACGACAGCAAGAACGACACGGAGGAGCACGAGUUCACUAAGCGAGAGGAGCAGCAUCGUCGCGAGUACGAGGACGCCGUCACCAACAAGAAGAUUCCCAUGCACAUCCUAAACCCCGGUCUGUUCCUGGAGCUGGGGCGGUCGCGGGACUGGGACGUAGAGGUCGCCACCCAGGCCGUGAAGCCCAUCUUCGCCCUGAUCUGCAGCCGACGAACCAUGGUGACGCCGAUGGUCGUCCCGUGCGGCAACGGGGAAACGCAGACGAUGAUCCCCGGCGGCUCUAUCGCGCCGCUCACCGUCGAGACGGUGCACCUACGACACCGCAACGAGAACCAGGCGAAGAUUCAGCAUCUGAUCGGCACCGAUAUGCGAACGCUCUUCACCGGGUUGCCAGGAAAGAAGACAACGGUCGGAAAGGGCAUAACGAUUGACUCGGGCGGCGCAAUGCUGCACGGAGGCAAGGCUCGCGUCGCCGGACUGACGUCGUUUCACCCUGACUUCCACAAAAUGACGAACCCAUCCGCCCGCGCAUGCCACAUCCUAAGCGACGCCGGAGCGGCCAGCAAAGGAGACAAGCUCAGCGUCAGGUUCGACCUCCUCAGCAACAUGUCGCGCCCCCCCAACACCCGCCACAACCCGCCAGAGACUACCGGAGAGAAGAGGCUGAAAGGCCUAGAGGAGACACCCUUCGACGUCGACGAAGAAGAGUACGCCGAAUUGGUAAGCACCACGGUAGAGGACAUCAGGCCAAUCGUGCAGGCGGCGAGAGCCCCGGCCGGUGUUCAGGACGUCAAUGAGCAGUUUACACACCACGUCUCAAGAGGACUCCUAUGGGCCUUCUACGCUAUGCGAGCAGGCCCGCAGUACGCGGCCCCGGAAUCGCGCCUCGCCAUGGUGCGCUUCUUCUGCUACGACUCGCCUAAGCUGGCGGUCAUCCUCCUCGAGGCACUGCAGGCCCAGGAGGUAGGUGAGCGCAUCAUCGCGUACGGAGUCACCCCCCUAGCAUGCGCGGUCGUAUGUAACCUGCUGAACUUCAUCGGCAUCCGUGCUCCCAACAUCCGCAGCAGACACAGCCCCGCGCAGCGUCAGCAGACGAUCGACGACUUCAACAGCGCGGACUCGACCGCGACGGUGCUGGUCAACUCGCUCAACCUCAACGCAUUCGGCGUCAACUUCCACCACUUCUGCCACCGCGGCAUCAUCUUCGAGGAUCCAGUGAACAUAGGCGUCCUCCUCCAGGCCAUCGGGCGCAUCUGGCGCAUUGGACAGAAGCACCCCACCAAAUGGCUGCUGCUGUACACGGAAGGGUCUGCAGAGGGCUACUUUAGAAGCAGAGCCGCGGAGAAGUACGCCAUGAUCUCCACCACCGAGUCCAACUUUGGGCCCGGCAUCACUGGAGAGAUCGCAACCCUGUGCGCGUUCGAACAGCUGCGCGUGAUGCUCGGCCAGCCGUUCAACCUCUACCCACUGGCGCGCGUGCCGUGGGACAAGAUGGACCACCCCGAAACCCAGAAGGAAGGCCUGUGGUACUCCGCCGUCGCCCAGUUUAUCACGAACCCGAACCACGCGGGCCCCGGCAUGGAGCUAACCAUCGAAACUCUCCUAGGCGUGGGCGAGGAGGUCGAGGGUGGCGUGCAAUGCGGUUACUUUAUCCCCAAGGACGAGAAGCAGGGCGCCGACGCCGACGGCGACAGUACCUCUGAGGACGAGGAUACAGCCGGGGGCGACAAGGUCAUCGAGAUUGCCGACAGCGACGACCCCGGCGACACGCCUCUACGCAAAUCCAAGACGAAGCGCCGCAAGUCCAAGGCCGACAAGCCGAAGGUGGACAAGGGCAAGGGAAAGGCACCGGCUACUUCGGCACAGCCGCGCACAGCUGCUUCGAAACGGCCGACCACUGCAGUUGAAGAGGAGCAGAUCAGCGAUGGCGAGGCAUGGUUCCGUCAGCAGGAGGCCGCCAAACGAGCCCAGAAGGCAGCCGCCCCGAAAGUCAACAAACCAGCAUCAGAGGUAGCCCGACGACCAAAGCAGCCCGCAGCGCCUAAUCCGGGUAACGCUACCAACGAAAACGGCAAGCGACCAGCCAGCGAUGCGACGGCGACCACUCCGUCGAAGCCGAAGAAAGCUCGCGGAGCCGGAGCGCUCGGAGCGGGCUCGUCAAGCACUCCUAGAUUCUCCCAGAAAGAACCCAAGGAGUCGCCAGCCGCCAAGCGCAAGAGGAUGGACGCCAUCCAAAAGAAACUAUAA